AUGUCACCAACCACCCAGGCGGAGAUAGAGGAAAUGAGAGAGGUUUCUUAUCCAAAUGCUGUUGGUAGCUUAAUGUAUGCAAGUAUUGGGACUUGCCCACAUACACAUGUAGUGAGCCGGGCAAGCCAGUUUGCAAUUAACCCUGGGAGGCAACAGUGGAUUGCAGUCAAGAGAAUCUUAAGAUACUUAAAAGGUACAAGUUCAUUAAAGUUGGUGUUUACAAAGUCUAAAGGUACGACUUUUAAAGUUUUCUGUGAUGCCGAUUGGGGAUCAGAUGAGUAUGAACGUCGUUCCUAUAUGGGAUACUUGUUCGUCUUGGCAGGUGCAGCCAUCAUCUGGGUGAGCAGAAAGCAACCCACUGUUGCCAUAUACAUGUUGCCCUAUCCACCACUGAGGCGGAAUACAUGA